AUGCAGACGCUUGGCGGUGCUCUGCGCGUGUUGGGAUUCGCGACCUUGGUGACGAUGGCAGCCGCCAACGACUGGAACUUGAUCUUUCAUCUGCUUGGACCGGCUGCCCGCAGUGGGCACACGAUGGUCUGGGAUCCAGGUGCAGAUGGUGGCGGCUUCUGGAUGUUUGGCGGUGAGCUGUUGCUCAGCAUCAAGACCGACGAUCUAUACUUCUACAGCGUCUCCUCGAACUCCUGGACGCAGAAGGCAUCGGGCCCUGCAGCCCGAUACCGCCACUCUGCAGUGUUCGAUCCCACUGCCAGAGCCAUGUACGUAUUUGCGGGCACAAACCUUGCCAGUGCUGGCAACACCUUCAGCGACCUCCAUCGUUAUGACGUGGCCCUCAACUCCUGGACCGAGCUCCAGGGGACGGCCGGGCGCUCGCGGCACACAGCGGUGUGGGAUAGCAGCCUGGAUCGCAUGAUCGUAUUCGGUGGCCUGGACAACAUGCUGAACAAGAUGGGGGACAUCUUAGAGUACGAUCGGUCGAGUGACUCCUGGUCCUUUCCAUCGGCGGAGGGCCCAGCGGCGCGCGAAGGCCACGUGGCCGUCUGGGAUGCCGCCGCCGGCACCAUGCUCAUGUGCUGCGGCCUCACAGCCUCUGGGGACAGCGGCGAGCUGUGGACCUACGAUGGCACCUGGACCAUGCUCAGCCCGUCCGGAAGCAUCACCGCCCGAAGGUAUGCCUCGGCAGUGUGGGAUCCGCAGGCACGUGCAAUGCUGGGGUUUGGGGGUUCGGAAGGCUCGCGGCUGAACUCACUUUUCCUGUACUCCACCACGGACAACAGCUGGAGCCAAUACACCGAGUCGGGUCCUCCUGCUCAAGACAGAGGCGCCGCUGUCUGGGACCCCGUGAACAGUCACCUUUACACCUUCGGUGGCGUGCAAUUGCUGGGCCUCUUGGACGACCUGUGGAGGUUGGAUGCCAGCCACACGUCCAUCACCAGUACAACUUCAAGCACAAGCGCAACCAGUUCUUCAACUACAACAUACACCACAAGUGCAACCAGUUCUGCAACUACAACAUACACGAAGUCAUCAACGUCGACCGUAACUUCAAGCUCAACUGGCACCAGCACUUCGACCAGUACCCUGACCGACAGCACAACUGAAACCACGGUCACAUUGUCUUCAACCUCAACCCUUACGUCUUCGUCUACGUCUGUCUCUAGUUCUUCCACGACCGCCUCCAUGACAUCCAGCACACGAAGCACGAUUUCAUCCACGUCCACGUCCUCCAUCUCCGUGACCUCAACUUCUGUGACGACAUCAUUGACAUCUUCGACUGCGACAACAGUGACAACCACUUCCGAAACCAGCACACGCACAACCGCCACAGUCACCACAAUCACACAAACAUCUUCAACAGCGACUACCUCCACAGCCACAACCUCAACGGCCACGUCAGUAACUUCCUCUUCUACUUCGUUGACAAGCUCUACUUCAACUGCAACUUCCGCAACAAGCACCUCAACGAGCCUCACACACUCCUCCACAAUGACAUCGACCGUCACAGCUACAUCAACAAGUUCUUCCUCAACUUCGGAAACCGGAACAACAACGACGUCGGUGACUUCAUCCUCAAGUACUGCAUCUACAUCCACCAGUGCUACUUCCUCUACUUCGUCCUUCACUGUCACACGCACAUCAACAAGCGCCACUUCGUCCUCCACUGUCACAGGCACAUCAACAAGCGCCACCUUGUCCUCCACGGUCACAAGCACAUCAACAAGUGCUACUUCGUCCUCCACGGUCACAAGCACAUCAACAAGUGCUACUUCGUCUUCUAGCAGUACGACAACAGUCGUUUCUGCAACGACAUCAACCAAAACCCACACCACCACAAGUACCAGCACGUGGGCCUCUCAGACAACAACAUGGACGAAAGUCCUCCCUACCACAAGUACGACCCGAACACAGUUCUCUCCGACUGCAAAUGCGGAUCUGCUGUUGGAUGACCUUGACAGCACUGAGUCGGAGCUCGCUAGGCAGUUGAUAGCCGCGCUAACCAACAGCUCCAACAGCUCCAACUCGACUGGCAUCCUAGGAAGCACCCUCAAUCAGUCCGACUUGGCGACCAUUCAGACUCUGGCUUUGGACAGCCCCACGAUCUCCGAGAUGAACCGCACGAUCACGGUGCAGAGCACAAGCGCUCGUGUGGAGGUUCCUUCGGAUGUCGUUGCCCAGGCAGCCGCAGCUGGCGACAGCGGGCUGGUGCUGCUCAGCGUCUCCGUCGGCCUCGGAGAGCUUGGGGCCGAGCUCAACGGCACCAAGGGCGGAGGCCGCGCUUUGGUCUCCCGGCCCGUCAGCAUCACCUUCCGCGGGCCGGACGGCCAGAGGCUUCCGAUGCCGUCCCUGGCACGUCCCAUCGAGGUUCUGCUUUUGGGAGCCCGAGAAGGCUCGCGGUGCGCCUUCUGGGAGGAGGAGACGGGCACCUGGUCCUCAGAGGGCUUGCGUGAGAUUUCCUUCCGGGACGGGGAGUUGCAAUGCCAGACGUCCCACCUCACUGUCUUUGGUGCAGUUCUGGAAGCGUUCCUCCAGGUGCUCCGUUGCUCCACCGCCACGCAGGUCUUCUCUGCGGAGGGCUUCGAGAACCUCAGCAAGGGCACGUGGCCUGGCCACGCCCACGCAGUCAUUACCUUCAGCGCUCUCUUCAUCUGCCUCCUGCUGCUCCUGUAUGCCCUACGGCUUGACAGAAAGCGGUCGCUAUCCAGGAAGCAGGUGGAGGCCGCUUUACUGAUCGAGCUGGAAGUGGAGGAGCAGGAGCUUGCUGACGACUGCGAGGGGGAGGAUGAAGAGAUAGAGGUGGAGAAGAAGGUUCGACAGCCCAGCGUCUGCCGUCAGGCCGCCUCAUGGUUGGUGUCGAAUUUCGCCUGGUUCCUGAGCCAGAUGUUCGAAGUUCCGGAUGCCGACGUGCUGACGGAGCUGAUGAAUGCCAGGGUGGUCACGGUCAACCGCUGUAUCAGCUCCCUGCACUCCUACAAGAGCCACGCCGAUCGGCAGAGCAUCCGUGCGGCAGAGACAUCGGUGGGCCACGCGCACAUGCGGCACUCGACCACGGCAGGCGUGUCAGUGACAGUCGAGGACUUCGUGCGCAUGGACGAGACAUUUGCCCACAACAAAGGCAAGUCCUUGGCGGCCAAGGACUUUUUGAACAGCCGCUGGUGCAAGCGCGUGGUUCUGCUAACGCGAGCCAUGCAUCCCUGGGUCACCAUGCAGUUCGUGAGCUUGUUCAGGUCCCAUGCAGUCCGGGCCUCACUGAUCAUUCUGAAGCUGGUGUCUGCAGCUGCCGCCAACGCACUCUUCUUCUCCAGCUCGGCGGUUUCGGCCGACUCGGACAUGGACUGUGGCCCGCCGCAGACCCCCGGCGAGCGCCUGCUGCGCGCGACCAUCGUCGGCGUCCUCUCCGCUUGCAUGGGCGACCUGCUUAUAGUGCUGCUGGCCAUGGUGCAGAGACGGCAGGUCCUCAUUCGUCACUGGACAGAAGAGGCCAAAGAGAGGCAGCUGAGGAGAUGGCGCUGCCGGCGCCACCUCUUCUGGCUGCUCUGGUUUCUGGAUGUUGGCAUCUCAAUCCUGUACGUGUGUGGCUUCCUGGCCAACGUGAGCCAAGCAGAUGGGGUCAAAUGGAUCGAAAGCACCGCGAUGAGCCUUUUGCAGGAUCUCGUGCUGAAGCCCCUGUACCUAGCCCUGGUAUACGGCACGGUUGCCAGCCUCGUCCUCUGUUGCAGCCCAAGCGUCGGGCAGAAGAUCCUGGCCCAGUGGGGUCUGCAGGACGACGACAACCCCAACAGCGACGACUCCGAGGCGACCCAGGCCCGACCGGAGUCUCAUGCCCUGCGGCCAGUUUGUGAGGAAGAGGAUGAAAUACAUGAAGUGUAUGUAGACUACUUGUGA